AUGAAGGCACUCGCGAGCGAGAUGAUCAACAAAUGUGCCAACUGCACAUACCAGUGUUUCGAUUCGUAUAUGCAGCGGGCGCGCAGGACAACCGAUUAUGUUCUGCCAUCGGAAGUUUGCGUUAUGAUUAAUGUGAUUUUUUCAUCAAAAUCUCGAGCGACCAAAUUAACAAUGGAUUCUGGCGAGUAUAAAUAUCACUCGAAAUUGGACGAAACGUUGGAAACAAUGCUUAAAGAUAUGGAAACUUGCAUUGAGGAUAAGGUAUUUGAAGUUUGUAAUCACAGUGCGAGGGACUUUUGGGGAAAAAUUGUGAAAAGAUGUAUGGGUGUUGGUGUGAAUAUUAAAUGA